AUGGGUUUUUUCAAGAAGGUGAUCACUUUCAUUAAAAACCUAAGGAUCACUGUGGAGCCUUUGAUACUCAUUCUUGCAGCAUGCAAUACUGCCAUUGGAAUUGUAUCCCCUGGAUUGAAGCAGGCCAAAAUGGUACGUACUUAUCCAGCACCGCCAGAUCUUCAUGGCAAAGCUCUUGCCAAAUAUUACAACAAAAAAAUGGUUAUGUGGGAUAAUUACUACGAAUAUGUUAAUUUACCUAUUGCAUGCGUAUUUGGUGUUGUUUAUGGAGCAUAUAGUGAUCAUCGUGGCAGAAAACUUCCAUUACUGAUUGGUAUCGUUAGUGUUCUUGUCUCCAAUCUUAUGAAUUUUUUAAUGUAUAAUGAAAAAACUGACCUAUCUUUGCAUUAUACCUAUGCAACAGCUGCGGUUGCUGGUAUCCUCGGCGAUUUCCUUCUAACUAUGAGCUGUGUUAAUGCUUAUGUUGCUGACGAAUUUGAAGACAAAAUACAGCUCUCCUACCGUAUGGUAGUCGUUUCAAUUCUUUUCAGUUUCGGUUCUUUUCUUUCAUCACGAUUUGUUCGUCACUUGAUCGACUGGACUUCAAAACCAGUUGUAAUGCUUAUUGCUGAAGGUGGAUAUUUGCUUAGUUUCGUGUUGGCUUUGAUCAUUCUUCGACAAAAACCACCGCGAGAUCGAAACGCGUUGAUAAAAUAUGAGGAUAACACCAGCGAUGUAUCUCAACUACCAAUUGAAACGGAAGAGAGUUUGGCUGUUUUGAUCAAACGUUCAUUUUUGUCUCUUUACGAUUCUGCAAAAAUAUUUGUUGCGCCUCGGGAUGGGCACGGCCGUCUGUUCCUUUAUCUCUGCUUCGGAGCCAAUUUCUUGGAUCAAUUUGUCUGGGGAGAGGAAAAAGGAUUACUUGGUACGUAUGUUAGACUGCCACCGUUUAAUUGGAAUACAAAAACGUACGCCAGUUAUAGAUCAUGGCGACCAAUUGUUCAGAUCGCUGGAAUGACAAUUGGCGUCACGUUUUUUAAGAGAUUGUGUAAGCUCCGCGAUACCGUGAUAAUUGUGUUUGCCAUUUUAAGCAUGGCGGGAUGUGUGCUAAUGAUUGGACUGGCUCAGGCCUCAUGGAUGAUAUUCGCGAGUUUGGCCCCCGGAAGUUUGCAUGGAUUGCUGAACCCGAUGUCCUACACAUUUCUUUCUUGUAUUGUUGAAACCGAUGAGAUUGGAAAAGUCUACGCAGUGAGCUCAAUUGCCCAGAAGCUAGCAGGAAUUGCUCAAAGUCUUGUAUUGCAGAACAUUUAUAUUAUAACCGUUGACUGGUAUCAAGGCUUCGUUUGGCUUCUUAUGGCUCUUAUCGCUUUUAUUGCCGCUGGCGUGUACUCUGUCGUUCACAUUGUUGCAAAAAAAGAAAAUAUUGGCUCAUGA